CUGCCACGUUUCCUCCUUCUCCUGCCUCGGUCGGGCUGUGAUGUUGGGGCCGCUGCUCCUGUGGGCUCUGUUGCUGACUCUACCCCACACUAACGGGCAGAGGGAAGAACGGCCUGUGGAUCAGCCAGGAGUGGAGAUAGCCCGAGCUACACUGGUGGCUCCCAGUUUGGUCGGAUGAUCAAUUAAGAAGAUGCCAGAACUCUAUCAGUUCCUCAUGGACCGCUUGGCAUUGUAUCACAAUCUGAAGUACGAGCUGCAGGAGAACCAGGAACCGCAGAUGCGUUUCUACAACCUGAAGGGUGACGUUGUAAAGAGCUUGCCUGUCCUGGAUAUGACGGCCGAUGAGAUCUCCGGCCUUCUCGAAUCCUUGGGGUUCUACAAGAAGCCAGCCAAGGGGGAAGAGGUCCCAGAGAGAUUCCGGAACUUCCCCUUGAAAGCAGCACGCGAGGAGCUGUAGGUCAACUGGUGUCUUAGUGGUGUCCUCCAAUUGAGCCAGGAACAUCACCCCCAAGAAGCACGGAUGACGUCAGGGUCCAAAAAGCAGUCGGCUGCCGGGACUCCAGCAGAGUGUCUGCUUCUUGGAGCGAUCAACACUGACGCUCUUUGUUCAGUAUUAAAAAUCCAUGUGUUUAACUUCGGUCUUGGGAGGGUGCUCAGUUUUUGGCUACAUGUGGUGAAUCGAUCAAUUCAUCGCCAAGAGGUCUACGCUAAAGUACAUCCAGAUGAUACAGCUCAGGGGUGAGGCUACAAGGCACUGUCCCACAAUACGCUGCCCCGUCAAUGGUCGAAUUCAUCCUCCCCAUCCUUGGAAAGGAAAUAGUAUAUCAAUCUUCUCCUGAAAGGUUUUAACAAUUCGCUGGAAAUAAUCCGCAGGGGAAGUCUUCUUCUUGUCUGAAUAUUUUGAAGAUUGAGAUUGGCACAUUCUUGAUUAGUAAAGGUGUCUGGGGUUAUGGGGGGGAAGGCAGGAGAAUGGGAUUGAGAGCAAAAGAUAGAUCAGCCAUGAUUGAAAGGCGGAGUAGACUUGAUGGGCCGAAUGGCCAAUUUCUGCUCCAAUAAGUUAUGAGGUUAUGAACUUGUCCCAUGCCAACCCAUCUGCACUAGUCACACCUGCCCACAUUUGGAACAUAUCCUUCCAAACAUUUCCUAUCCACAUACCUGUCCAAGUGUUUUUCAAAUGCUGCUAUAAUACCUGCCUCAACUACUACCUCCUCUGGCUGCUCGUUCCACAUGCCCACCACCCUUUGUGUGAAUGGAGCUCAUUAUCAAUGGACCCUCAUGCAUCCAUAAUCCCGGUGUGGAAGUCUAGGAGAGCUCUAAUGAACCAACAAUCUGCUCCAAAGCUGAAAACGUUUCCACUCUUUGUUUAAGAAAGCGAAGCAAUACCUUCUCUUUUCCAAAACAUUGAUCGUGGGAGUUGAACAUAGGACUAAAAUAUAGAAUAGAGAACAGUACAGCACAGGAACAGGCCUUUCAGCCCGUAAUGUCUGUGCCGUACAUGAUGCCAAGAUCAACUCUUAUCUGCCUGCAUA